AUGUAUCAAGAACCGUGCAAUUACAACCAAUUUUUAUUACGCCAAAGCUCCGUGCAACGAAACAAUUUCCCCAACAACUUUUACAGUGAAUCAAGUGCUUCGGACGAAUAUUUUUCCGGAUCGAGUCCUGAUAGUUUUUACUUUUCCCAACACGAUGGAUAUCCGGAUUACGCGAAUUUUACCCCGAAUUAUGGCGAAAAGUUCGAAACGAACAACAAUUGUGACCAAAUUAAUUUCAACAAUCAAGAAAUUGGGGAAAAACGAAAAAAAUCCACGAAAAAGGCGCAAAAUAAAAAAUUGUGUCACGGAAAUUCCGACUCGGAAAUGGACAAAUUGAAUUUUUCGCAGCCAAUUGCACCGGAAGUGAUGCGACGAAGACGUUUGGCAGCCAAUGCCCGAGAACGGAGACGCAUGAACAGCCUGAAUGAUGCCUUUGAACGAUUGAGAGACGUCGUUCCAUCGCUCGGACACGAUCGGAAGCUCAGCAAAUACGAAACACUUCAAAUGGCGCAAACGUACAUAAAUGCCUUGAACGAACUUUUAAGUCGAUAA